AUGGCUUCUGAAGAGGAACUGGAGCGGAAUAAGCGCGCAAAGGAUCGGGCAUUGGCUAAACGUGCCUCGUACGUCGCGCGCAUUAAGGCUAUCCACGCGACGGCUUUACCGGCCAGUGAGGACGCGACCAAGGUGCCGCGGCUGCUCGCGGCAGCUGCCAAGCUGGAUAAUCUGUUGACUGCGUUCGAGAUUGAGGAUAAUGCUGUGUUCGAAGCUUAUUGUGCACUCGAUAUGUUGAGCGAGUAUACGACGGACGUUGUCGUUGAAGUGAACGAGUGGGCUUAUGAUAUCCAGUCUAUUGCUUCACGCUAUAAUGUUCAACCCGUUGCUGGGGGUGACCCUCUCGGGGAACAACCCCGCGUUUUCCGUCGACUACCUGAAAUUCCGUUACCGCGAUUCGACGGCGAUAUUCAUAAGUGGCCUGCAUUCCGUGAUCAGUUCAUCGCGGUAAUGUCUCAAUUUUCGGACAUACCCGACAUCGAGCGGUUUCAUCACUUGCGCAGCUGUAUUCAUGGAAGUGCCGCGGACGUCAUCCGUGGUAUACUGGUUUCGGGAGCCACAUUCACCGUAGCCUGGGCCGCAUUAGUAUCGCGUUACGACAAGCCGCGUUUAGUCGCGGGAUCUUUCGUCGACCAAUUAUUGCAAGUACCUGUGUCGUCCGUGGACAGUUUGUCGGACUUGAAUAAAUUUAUGUCAGUGUUCGGUGAAGGUAUUUCAGUUCUUACUGCAUUACAGGUUCCCGACUUAGGCGAUUUCAUUUUAUUUUCACUAGCAUCACGGUGCCUUUCACCGUCGUGUCGCACGCUAUUUGAGUCGGAAACGACAGGUGACUUCCCUACGGUGGAUGACUUGUUUACAUUUAUUAAAAACCGUAUUGCCAUUCUCGAGCGCGUACAGGGCGUCGCCGGUAAGCAGGCCGUGCUCGCGUCCCGUCCUAAGGACCGACCGUCUGCGCCGUCGAAGUGGUCACGUAAAGUGGAUCGACCAUCGCCGACAUCAUUAGUCUCGGCGGUGCAAGUGCCGUCGCCGUCACCGUCGCCGCACACAGUGUCGUGUCAAUACUGCAAUAAUUCACACGCGCUUAAUGCGUGCCGCAAAUUCGGUUCACUACCUGCGGACGAACGUUCGAAAUGGGCGCGUGCUCAACGUAUUUGUUUCUCAUGUCUCAGUUCCGGUCAUUGGUCCCCGAGUUGUAAGGCGCCCACCAAAUGUGCCGUUUGUUCACGUCGUCAUCAUACUUUGUUACAUUCGGCGGUUAAGGACGUUGCGGCGUCAUCGGAGGCGGAGACAGCUGCCGUCCCCACAUCGCUAUUAUCUGGACUCGGGUCGCCGUCCGUUGUGCUUGGCACGGCGUUGGUACACAUCCGUGAUCGCUCUGGAAGUUUCCAAGUAGCCCGUGCGCUGAUUGACUCCGCGUCACAAAUAAACGCGAUUUCACUGUCAUGCGCGAAGCGUCUAGGUCUUCGUUGGUCAUCUUGGUCGGCACCAAUUUCGGGUUUAGCUGGCGUGCCGGUAGUCACGGUGCAAGGACGAGUCGAUUGCCAUGUUGUGCCGCGCUACGCGUCCGAUCCGGUUUUAGCGUUCGAGUCAUGGGUUCUGCCGUCUAUAACCGGUGACCUCCCGCGGCAUUCGUUGGAACCGUCUGUACGGGAUAAGUUUUCGCACUUGGCGUUGGCGGACCCGGAUUUCCAUAUCGCCGCACCGGUUGAUCUAUUAUUAGGCGCAGACCUGUUUCCAUCCAUUAUUGACGGGCGGCAAGUUGUUGUGAAUAAGUCGUUGCCCGCCGCGUUCAGUUCAUGUUUCGGGUGGAUUCUUAUUGGUUCGGUGUCGCCGUCGGAUAUAUCGACCCCGCAAACCACCGCCGUAUCCCUACUCACGUCUGUGGAACAACUAAUCGACCGUUUUUGGCACAUCGAGGAGCCCGACGUAGCACCGCUGAAGUUCACCGACGCCGGCAAAUGCGAAGCCGUAUUUCGUGAUAAUGUUGUCCGUGACGGGUCCGGCCGUUUUUCGGUUCCAUUGCCGUUCCGUGUGCCGUUGCAUGAUAAUUUAUUUCCCGGGUCUCGGGCGGUCGCGGCCAAACGGUUCGAUCAUCUCGAGCGGAAGCUAAGCACGAACGAUCAAAUGCGCACUAAGUACAACAAUUUUAUGUCGGAAUAUUUGUCACUCGGACACAUGUCAGUGGCGUCCACUCCUGGCCGGUAUUUUAUUCCGCAUCAUGCCGUGUGUGGCGCCGAUGAAAAAUUCCGCGUAGUGUUCGACGCGUCCGCUUCGGUCGCCGAUGGCUCGUCACUAAAUUCAUCGUUAUUCCCGGGCCCAAAGUUACAGCAGGACAUCGUAGAUGUGCUCACGCGCUUUCGCUUGUUUCGUCAUGCAUUUACCACCGAUAUUUUGGACGACGCGCUCAGUAUUCAAGUAGAACUCACGGCUGUCCUUAACGGCGCGGGUUUUGAAUUGCGAAAAUGGGCUAGCAAUACCGCAGCGGUCGUGCAUGCUGUUCCGGAAGAAUUCCGAGUGAUUAAAUCUACAACGUUUGCCGGUGAUGAGGGUGGUGACACGAAGGUCCUCGGUUUGUCCUGGCAUACCGGUGGCGAUUAUUUCGGAUGUGAAGCUCACCUCGACUCGGCCGCGGUAUUUACCAAACGUGGUAUAUUGUCACUUACUGCACGUUUCUUCGAUCCGUUAGGCUUAUUCGCGCCAUCAAUUUUCCUUGCCAAGCACAUAAUGCAACGCACCUGGCAGUCCAAUUGUACGUGGGACCAGCGUUUGCCUACCGAGAUUCACUCAGAUUGGUCGCGGUUCGUCGACGAAUUGCCCGCGCUAGCCUCCGUGCGUGUUCCGCGUUAUUUCAAUACAACCGCUGGAGCUCAGUGUUCGUUGUAUGGAUUUUGCGACGCGUCGCAACGCGGCUAUGCCGCGGUAGUGUUUUUGCGUAUCCAUGACGCCCCUCGCGCGUCGUCAGUCAUGUUGGUCGGUUCCAAGACCAAGUUAGCGCCGCUCAAACCGUUAUCGAUUCCUAGGCUCGAGCUGAACGCCGCCGUGUUAUUGUCGCGCUGGAUGAGCCGAAUAUUUUUAUUAUUAAAUACGCACAUCGAUAUCGUUGACAUGUGUUCCUGGACGGAUUCCUCGAUUGUAUUGUCAUGGUUAACUGUGCCCCAUGACACGUUCAAGCAAUAUGUAUCAAACCGUGUGCACCAGGUGCGGACGUUGUUGCCGAGUUGUCAAUGGCGUCACGUCAGUUCGGAGAUGAACCCGGCGGACUGUGCGUCCCGUGGGUUGAUGCCGUCUGAGUUGCCGCACCAUCAGUUAUAUUGGCAGGGCCCGGCCUUUCUCCGUGACCCUCCACAGGAAUGGGGGAGUGACAUUGCGCGUUUGCCCGUUGCGGAACUGCCUGAGGUUAAAUCAAUGUCACCUGCAGUUUGUUUAGCUGCCCCCACGGUCGAAUGGUUCACGCGUUUCUCGUCUUACGACGCACUUAUACGUGUAGUCGCGCGUGUGCGCCGGUUUAUUAAUAUUUGUCGUCGACGUCCUGUCGAGAAAUCGAAUGCGCUUACUCGAGCGGAGCUCGACGGGGCAACUCGCGCGGUAAUUGCCGCGUCUCAACGUGUCACAUUUCCGACAUUAGUCAGCGACUUGCGAAGAUUACGUCACUUAGCAUCCAAGCCGUUGGCACGAUUGUGCCCUUUUGUCGAUUCCGAAGGUAUAAUCCGCGUCGGUGGACGCUUACGUCAUUCAGAGUUACCGUACGAUGGUCGACAUCCAAUUUUGUUAGCAAAAGGGUCAUACCUCGCGCUGCUAGUGUGCCGUCACUGGCACAAAAUCACUGGUCACUCUGGACCACGGGUAAUGACCUCCUUGAUACAUCGGCAGUAUUGGAUUGUGUCGCUGCGUGCCGUUAUUCAUUCAGUCGUUAGUCAAUGCACACGGUGCGUGCGUCUCCGCGCGUCCGUCCCUACGCCGGUCAUGGCGGAUUUACCAGAAUCGCGGGUCUUGCAAUGUCGCCCGUUCUCCUGCGUCGGUGUCGACUACGCCGGGCCUAUACCUAUGCGUGACAACAAAUUACGAAAAUCUCGGACGUACAAGGCAUAUAUAGCCGUCUUCGUAUGUAUGAGCGUCAAAGCCGUCCAUCUGGAACUUGUAUCAGAUUUGUCCACUCCGGCUUUUCUCGCCGGCUUCGACAGGUUCGUCGCUCGGCGUGGCCUGCCUACGACAGUUUAUUCCGACUGUGGGACAAAUUUUGUUGGGGCCGACAGACAACUGCGUCAGCUGAUUAAUAGCGCCGCCGCACAAUCGAUCAUUACGUCGGGGAGGCCCUACUGCGACUGGAAGUUUAAUCCCCCCAGCGCACCACAUUUUGGGGGGUUGUGGGAGGCCGCAGUCCGCUUGGCUAAGCGCCUAUUGGUCCGAAUCAUGGGUGCCCACGUCUUCACUUAUGAAGAAUUUACAACCGUAGUGUGUUGA